CACCGGACAACAUGACCAGCCACUCCCAGGGAAUCCAUCAGCUACUGCAGGCAGAGAAACGGGCAAAGGAGAAGCUAGAAGAGGCCAAGAAGCGUAAGGGCAGGCGGCUGAAGCAGGCAAAGAGCGAGGCACAAGCUGAGAUUGAUCAAUACCGCCUACAACGCGAGAGGGAAUUUAAACACAAACAAGAUUCGAUAAUGGGAUCUCAAGGUAAUAUUUUGGCUCACGUGGAUGAACAAACCAAGGCAAGAAUCAAAGAGCUAAUCAGCAACCAUGAGCAGAACAGCGAGAAGGUGCUGCAGAAGCUCUUGGGGCUGGUUUGUGAAAUCAAACCGGAAAUCCAUGUCAAUUACAGAGACACCGGCAACUAUUGACUGGAGGGCUGGAGAUAGCAAACCUGAUCAAA